CACGCCCACCAAAACCGGUCUUGGAAGUUAUGAAUAGAAACAGCCUGGAUUGAAUGUUGGUCUCAGGCAGGGCGUACAGCAGCUUCGAAGAGUGCUGAUUUUCGUACGAUCAUGUACCAGUCGGCAUGUUGGCUGGGAGUAUGGCUCCUGGUGGGCCUUCAUGCAGUUUGUGGACAACGGCUAGGAGAAAUAACAUUUCAUGCUGACAUGAAUAACUUUGGUAUUAAAGAAGAUGUUGACCCCUCAAUUUCUGUGUACACACUGAAUGCCACCUCUAAUGGAGAUGAAAUAACCUAUGCAAUCUUAAACUCCAACACCUUUGAGUUGAAAAGGUCAUGGGAUGGCAAGGUUUAUCUGAUUAAAACCCUUGACUACGAGAAUAUUUUGGACAGAGAAGUAACAGCGACAGUUGUUGCAAGGAACGAGAGAAGAAAUACUGAGCUGAGUAGAGAGAUCCGUGUGAUCAUUUUGGAUGCCAAUGAUAACGAUCCAAAAUUUGCAUCGGAUACCUACAGUAAAAGCUUGCCUGAGAAUACACCAGUUGGAACGACAGUACUCAGCCCUAAAGAUAAAUUCUAUAUUGAGGACGUUGACGGUGUUAACAAGGUCCUCACGGUCACGUGUGAUCCCAGCAGAGCUGCUGCCCAGCAUACAGACGCCUGCAACUUCUUCGAACUCGUUGGCUUCAAUAGAAGUAACAAUUACUGGUAUGGAUGGCUUGUCCUCAUCCAGCCCAUCGACUACGAAGUCCGAUCUCAGUUCCAGGUCCCCAUCGUUGCAUUUGAUGGAGAGAAUAAUCCUCUUAAUACAGUAGAAAUCACAGUAAUCAACAUUCAGGAUACUCCCCCACGGUGGAUAAAGGCACAGGACAUCACAGUUAUCGAGGAAAAAGUUGUGGGAACAUUAAUUGGCGAUGUGUUGGCCAUUGAUGGAGAUGUAGAAGAACGACGUCCAAUCUUUUAUGAAAUCAUCGACACUGUUGGCAUCGGACACACACUUUUUAGGAUCGACAACGGGACCGGACAGAUCUUUAACACCGUAGUGGUGGAUCGGGAGAGUCCAAAUUUUCUCCAAGGUUAUGUAGACUUAAACAUACGUGCUAGAGAACGCGAUCCAUUGACCGGAGAGCUCGGUGACGCAACAAUCAACUCAACAACGACACAGAUCCGAAUUACCGUAGAGGAUAUUAACGACAAUAAACCUCAGUUUGAACAGGACGAAUACAUUACAAGUCUUCGUGAAGAUGCGCCUAACGAUACUCCGCUCAAUCUGCUCAUCCCAUGUCGGGACCCAGAUCAGGGAAUAAACAACAACUUCAUUUUUACACUGAGCGCCUACAAUGCGGAGUUCAAACUGUCUGACCCAGGAAACCAAUCAGAGUCGGCAUUUGCGCAAAUCCGUGUCAAGGACACAUCCCUGAUAGAUUACGAAGAGGCUCAGAAACAAUAUGUCUUCUUCCUUCAAGCACAAGAGUUUUUGACAGCAGAAAGGUACAGGAGUGAGACAAAAGUCAUUGUCAACAUAAUCGAUGUCAAUGACAACAGUCCUAAAUUCAUUCAGUCCACUUAUGUCAAAAGUAUUCUGGAAACUUCUCCGCCAGGAUUUUCGAUUGAAACAAUUAGUGCCACAGAUCCAGACUCGGGAGACCUGGGCAAAACUGGUAUCGUGUAUGGAAUGACAGGCGACGGCAAGAACUUAUUCCAGUUGGAUGCUAGAUCAGGCCUGGUAACCGUAGCAGAUUGUUCAACUCCAGGAAGUGGAAACUGUAUUGACUUUGACAAGAAACGUCAGUAUGUUUUGACGGUCACAGCUCGGGAUGAGAAUGGACGUGGACGAGCCGGAACCACAACGCUGACAAUCAACAUUCUCGACGUCAACGACAACGCACCAGUGUUUGUCAAUCAGAAUUACACCAGUUACAUUGAGGAGAACAAGAGAAAACCCAACCCCGAGGUAAUUGUGUCUGCCCUGGACAAGGACACUGUGGGCGGAACACUUGCUUAUAGUGUUAUUGCGGACCAGACUGGAAUAUGGGCCGUGAAUUCAUCGGGUUACAUCUACGCUAACCGUGAUGUCAUAUACACCGACACCCCAGGAAAUGUGGGAUUUUUCGUCUUCCAAGUACAGGUUACCGACGGAGUAUUUUCACCUGUUUCUAAUGUCAAGAUCUUCGUUGUCGACAUAAAUGAUAACACACCACUGUUCCCACCUGCAAUAUAUGAAACAACGAUAAGUGAGAGCACACCAGGAGGUACAUCUGUGAUAACAGUGAGUGCCACUGACGGAGAUUCACCAACAACCGAUAAUGGUGUGAUUGAUUACACUGUCCUUUCCGGUACUGAUGGAAAAUUCAUCAUCACUCGAACAACUGGUUUGAUCACAACUACACCAGAUUCCACUUUUGAUUACGAUGUUAAAAAACGAUAUGUUUUACUGGUAUUGGCACGUGAUCGCGGUACCCCACCACUAAACUCCACCAAGCAAGUUUUUGUAAACAUUCGAGACGUCAAUAAUAAGGAUCCAUAUUUUGUACAGUCCACUAUGCAGGCUGAAGUGUAUGAAAACGUUGUGAUUGGUUAUUCCGUCAUCACCGUUGUCGGUAGAGACCCUGAUGCAAAUGCUGUACUCAACUACUUUUUCGUGGAACCAAAAACGGCUUUCAGUCCCCUUGGUAACAAUGUCGACAGGAAUGUCUACGAUUUCACAAAUCUGUUUAGAGUUGAGCAAUCAACUGGAAUUGUCCGGACCAACAGUUCGCUCGACCGAGAUCUUACCUCAGUUUUGACCUACAGCCUAAUUGUGGUGGACGUCAGCGCAAGUCCUCCGCAGACUGGCUCAGGAACACUGAUUAUUACCGUUUUGGAAUACAACGACCAAGCUCCAUACUUUCUGCCUUUCACCAAUCAGACAAUUGAUGAGGAACAGCCAUUCGGGACAUUUGUUAUGGUGCUUCAGGCUCGUGAUCAAGAUGAUGCCAUCGCCGAAUAUCAAAUCAUCGACAACCCAAACCAGUUCUUUGAUAUCAAUUUUCAAACAGGAACUGUGAGCAUAGCAAGAAGGAUAGAUUUUGAGGUGAUAGAAUCAACAUAUUUCACUGCCAUGGUGUUCGACACUGGAAUACCUAGGCUUAGUGCAUCAACGACAGUCUAUUUCACCAUAAACAACAUCAACGACAACUCUCCGAAAUUUCAACAGUCGUCUUACAUAACAAGAAUUCCUGAACAUUCACUUCCAGGGACUUUUGUGAUACAAGUCAGUGCCACAGAUAUUGACAAAGGAGACUACGGAGUGGUGCGAUACACUUUAGGGGAACCUAGCUCCUACUUUGAAAUUGACAAUAUCACGGGUGACAUAAAUGUCAAAGCUGGUGCUAAUUUGGAUCGAGAAACCAUCGGGGAUGUUAACAUACAGGUUACAGCUUACGACAGUCCCAAUACUCCGGACAUCAGUAUCAGAAGGUUCGCCACUACCACAGUGUAUGUUUAUCUGGAUGACAUCAACGACAACAAGCCACGGUUUAGUCAAGCUCAAUACUCCACCACGAUUGUGGAAACCAUUCCGAUGGGAACCAGUAUCUUACAAGUGCGAGCCAGUGACCUUGACCUUGGUUUGAAUGCCCUUAUCGCCUUUGAAAAGAUUCCUGGCAGUGGUGAUAUUAAUGAAUUAUUCCGUGUCAGUAGACGAUCUGGUGCCAUAGAGAUCCAGCAAAGUCUACUGCGUAACUCAGGAGUGUAUACAUUCAACGUAACAGCCACAGACAUGGAUGGCAAUGGUCCAUUUACUGCUAUGGCGGGCGUGAAGAUUACGGUUUUGCAGGCAACCAAUUCGUACCCGGAAUGGAGGACACCUCCUUUUGCCAAUAUGAGCAUCAAUGUCCUCGAGAGCCAGUACCUUGGAAUGCUGGUUUACGACGUUCAUGCUUCCGACUCAGACCGAGGAGUAAACGGUAUGGUCGAUUAUGGUUUCUAUCACAACGGUGUAUACACGACCGCUACACCAGAGUUCAUGAUCAACUCCAUCACUGGUGUCAUCCGAGCCCAGAGAGUGUACGAUCGUGAGGAAGUUGACCGUUACGUGUUGCUGCUCUCGGCUAAGGAUAGGGGAACUCCUUCCCUGGAAUCAACUCGUUUCCUGACUGUUGUAAUUCUAGAUGUUAACGAUAACCCACCAGUCUUCCCUGUGGAUGCACUAGGGGAGACAAUCGAUAUCGAGGUCCAAGUCCCAGAGAAUGCAAACAUCGGAACACUGAUAACACGACUGUUGGCUACAGACCGCGACUUCGAAGCAGAAGCUGUUAAAAUUUACUAUUACAUUAUAAGUGGCAACGAGGGCAACAAAUUUUUCUUGAACAAGACAACUGGUGAGUUAUUCUUGUCCAACCCACUGGACCGUGAGACAAAGAGCAUCUUUCUCCUCGAUAUCCAAGCCACCAACAACGUCAGUGACUACAGCGUCAUUACCAAUCGUCGACGACGUGCGGCCGAUCCUAGCAUUGUUACAGUGAAAAUCCUUGUAGGCGACACCAACGACGCUAAACCUACGUUCACCAAAGUCUUGUACAGCGGCUGUGUUUCUACCCGAUCUGCGAUUGGUCAGAGUAUUAUCAAGGUGCAGGCUAUCGACGUUGAUUCAACCGAUAUAAAAUACAGUAUCACCACCGGCAAUUCCGAGGCACUGUUCGUCAUCGAUGAGAUCACCGGCAUCAUCUCCAACAGAGUACUGAUGUCGAAUACCAACAACCAGGUGUAUAACCUGCAAGUCCAGGCGCGGGAUAGUAACCUACAAGAUAACGCCAAUGUACAGAUUUUUGUGACACAGCCUGAAAAUGGAGUGACACUUGUCAUCACUCAACCAGCAUCAGAAGUGAGACUGUUCAAGGAACAGAUACAGAAGUUACUAGAGAGUUUCACAGAUGCAAACAACCAGCCGAUCUUCACCUUCGUGUGUUUCAAUAGUAUAAGUGACCAUGUGCUCUCGUCUGGAGAUACUUCUAGCCAAUGGGCUGAUGCCGUGAUCUCCACGGGGUGCGCCACAUGCGGCUUCAACGGUGGUGCUGGUGUCUACAGUGGCUCCCAACUCCUGUAUCAACUCCAGAUCUUGCAGAGUCAAAACAGCGACGGUUUUGACCUUCUCUACAUUAAUGAUCUUAAGUUGGCCACAGACAAAGAAGACCAAUUUGAUCGUACUCCUACACUCGUUGUCAUGAUUCUUAUCAUCGUCCUUCUCGUCGUUGGCCUCAUCUUCCUUAUUAUCGCAUGUUACUGCAUCAGGAAAUCCACCAGCAAUGAGCAAAAGACUGCUUUGCUUGAAACCAGAACCGAGGAGCGAUUCGAACAGCCUCCUCAACAAAAUGUGAACCCUAUGUACGAUAACUAUGCGUAUCAACCAGAAACAGUCACCUACGCCAAGGUCGUGAAAAAACACCAAGAACCUGAGCGACCUAAAUACCCUGAACCUGAGCUUCAGUUGGAGUUCCAACCGGAAUACAUUGAAGAACCUGAACCGAUCAUCGUCGACGAAGUUUUAACUACAGAAUAUGUGCCACAGGAUCCUUCUCCACGAUCGUCUGAAAUUCCAAGUGAAAUGAGGAUCGAGACUACUAUCGAUGAUAAUGACGGCGGUAGAGCGUCUCCCGAGGAACCAGCCGGGUAUCGGAUAGAAACAUCCUAUUAGAUUUUUCCAAGAAAAAAGAAUUUAGAGAAGAAAAAACAGUCUCAAAUAUUUUUUUAUGAAAUUUCAAAAUUGAAAAUUAGAUUUUACUGAAGAAUAAAUUAUUAGUGCUAUCAGAAUAAUUACACUGCAAAUUGAAUUUGAAUAAAAUUUUGUAAAACGUCAUUUAAAAAUGUUUAAGCAGGUUGUAAUAUUGACCUGAACUUUUGUUUGAUGAAAUAUUACCUGAUAAAUCUUUGAAUGCAAUUGUCCUAAAGUCAUUGUCAACGAAGCUGCCUACUCCAGAAUGGAGAAAAAGGACAUUUUAAUUUCUUCCAUGAAUAAAUUUUCUUUAUCUUUGAAAGAAUGAUGUAGUUUGUGAUAUUAGAGAAUAUAUGCAAUGUCAAUGUAACAAUCCAGAUCGCUUAUCAUUAUUCACUUUUUCACUUAUAUUCUUGUGAAAUUUAUAAAAGAAUAUCAUCAUCUGUUGAUAAAGUGUAAAUUAGAUUUAGAUCACUGUGACCUACUUUCUGGCAUCACUGACUUUUUUCCAGAAUUUUGUACACUAAUAAAUGCGAGGGUCAAUAUACAUUUGAAUGUUUUACAAACAAAUUCUAGUUGGAAAAAUUGGCUUGAUAAAAAGUUUUUAUCAAUAUUUUACAUGGUUUGGAAUUGUUUUUUGAAAAUCCCAUCAUAUAAUUGUUUUUUCCAAGAAGUGCUCUACUUUUUGUUUUUGGGUUUUUUUUCUUCGUUUUUUUUUUUUUUUUUUUUAUCACAAUUGAAUGAGUGCUUUUGAAUGUGUAUACUUGUGUAGAAAUACAGUUACUUUAUUAGUGAAUUAAUCUUGCCAAGGAUUUGUGUAUAAUUAUA